AUGAUCAGACAUAUUCCAAUUACCUUCGGUAAUCUAAGAUAUCUAAAAGCGUUGAACAUAGCGAAUAAUGAUUUAAGCAGCACACUGUCAUCCUCGAAAAGUAGCUUUCUAUCAGCAUUAGCCAACUACAGUGACUUGGCUUUCUUGUCAUUUGAAAAAAAUCCAUUAAUCAGUGGUUACCUUCCGGCUUCUAUAGGAAAUCUGUCGGUUUCUCUUCUAUAUUUUGAUGCUUCAAGCUGCGGCAUUAGUGGCAGAAUUCCAGAGGAAAUUGGGAACUGGAAUCCAAAUAAUAAAUUGAGAUAUCUUGCCCUUAAUGAAAAUCAAUUGGAAGGGAUAUUGCCGUUAUCUUUGAUUAAUUGCAGUGAACUAGUACUUCUCGAUGUUGCCAACAACAACUUAAGUGAUACCUUUCCUCAUUGGUUAGGCAUGCUUCCCAAGUUACUGCAAAUGGUUGAUCUCUCUCAUAAUGACUUCACCGGCUUAUUGCCAACCGAGUUCUUCCAAAAUCUCAAGGCUCUGAAAGAAGAAGUUGGUCAUGAAUAUGAUUUACUUUCAUACUUUGUUCUGUUAACAAUAAAAGGUUUGCAGCUAGAGUUUAAAAUAAAAGAACUUAUAGAUUUGUUGGACAAUGGAUUCCAUGGAGAAAUUCCUAAGGCAGUUGGAGAGCUUAGAUUGCUUCAUGCACUCAGUCUCUCUAGUAAUUGCCUGACUUGUUCUAUCCCACUGUCAUUUGGGAAUUUGAAAGCACUUGAAUCAUUAGAUCUCUCAUUUAACAAGCUGAGUGGCAGAAUCCCUUUUGAAUUGACAAAUUUGACAUUUCUUAAAGUGUUAAGGUUUUCAAACAAUAAUCUUGUCGGACCUAUUCCCAGUGGCAAGCAAUUUGAUACAUUUGAAGACGACUCUUAUCUAGGGAACUUGGCUUUGUGUGGACUCCCAUUACCGAAGGAAUGUAACAAUGAUGAAAUACCAGAAGCAGCGCAAGAUGAAAAAGGUCAUGGAAAUGGAAUAGCUUUUAUUUUGAAACUUGCAAUGAUGGGGUAUGAAUGUGGAAUUGUGUUAGGAAUUAGCAUGGCAUAUAUUGUAUUCACGACAGAAAGACCAUGGUAG